AUUAAUGUUGUAUCACAUGCCUAAAGUGAGGACUGAGCGUUAAACAAAAGACUGUUGCCAGUUACAGUGAUGUCUUUUUCCUUGUUUACCCUAAAACAGUACGAUAGAAACUGUUGUUUAUGCCAACAUAUGCGGAGAAAGCCUCGCGGUUAUUUCACCCUAAAAAAAGAAGACACAAUGAGAGUAACGUUACACAUAGUGUGGCAAGAUGUUGCGCAAUCAGUAUAAAGAAAAUGUGGUUUUAUAAACUGUAGAUUCACCACAAAGACAGAGUCGUUGGGGUACCCUCUUAAAAGUUAAACAUUUCUACACACACACACACACACACACAAGCUGAUGUAUAUCAAGCAAUCUGCUUUAUAAAUAGCCUACCAUGCAAUUGGUCUUUUUUUUGGUAGAUUUAAUGCCUUCCUGAAAUUAAAACAGUUUGCUCUCAUUGAAGAUCUACGGUUUAAUUUGCCACUACAUCCCUCGCACAAACAAUACGUGUAAUUCACCAUUUGCAGCAACAUUUUAUAUUUCGUACACAGCCACAGCCUGAAAUGGAGCCCAACGUUUGGGGUUAAAAAAAAAAAGACAAAUAGUAAUGUAGAAUCUGAAAUGGUCUCAUAACCACAGCAGUAUGUGGCCCUCACUGGACAGGUCUCAUUGCUGCGAAGAUUUGUUGUAUUUAGCCUAUAUGACUAAACUAAUGGAGUAAAUCCAGAGUUUUAAGUGUUAACAACGAAAAGUCCUCAGCCACUCCUGUUUGGUGAAAUCUAAAUAUUUUACUCGUUUGUAAACAGUGUGUGAUCCUUCACUGCUCCAGAAAAUCGUACGCGCCUAAAGAUGGUGUUUUAUAUCCGGAUUCACAUGGAUUUUAUUUAUCUUCAUGACCAGCGAAGUGGUGGGACUUCAAGUAAAAACAAAUGGAAAAUAUAAUUUAAAAACAAUCUGUUAUACUUUCCAAAUAACAUUUAUUAAAAAAAAAAUGAUCAAAGCUUUAGUGGUUCCCGUUUAUUUGACGAGCAAAAAGAAACUAUAUGUGGCGAAAUACUCAAUUAGAUACACAUUUUUAGUGAAUGAAUGUAAUUACAUUUUACAAAAAAAGGACUAAAAAUUAAGUAUAUCUUACAAUCAAAAAAGAAGAAUCUGUACAAUGCCAGCCCCAUGUUACUAUGACAACAUGAUUCAAUAGACUGAGCACUGUGGUUACCACAUUAGGUUUUGUUUGCCAAGAUAAAGACAUAUUUGUUAAACACACACACACACACACACACACACACACACACACACACACACACACACACACAUAAACACAGACAAAUAGUAUCUAGGUAACUUCAAUUGUGAAACCACACAUUGGCCAGGAGGUUUAUGCUCGAAGAUAUAUUUAUAAUAGGCUAAUGACUCCUGGUUGUUUCAUUCAUGAACCUCGCGUCCAGGAUGGAGCAUAAAGAUACAUUUUAUCAUUAACGUUUUAUCUUAUUUAACACUGGAACAGAGCUGAAUUAUCACAGUAGCAGAAGCACAGGUGUAACUAAUACCAUUAACCAUGGCCUAAAAUGUCUUGUUAAUUAAUCCCGUUUCACAUCUCUAAGUGAGCACUCCCAACUCCUCAAACUGGUUUGUCUGCAUGUCAUAGAGCACAUUGUUGGUUCACUUUCAAAAACAUAUUUGCAUUCGAAAUAUAAGAUUUUGCAUGAAACGUAAAGCUAAAAGUAUUACGGUGGAGCAGUUUAAUCUUUUUGUUCCAUGAAAGGUGUCUAAGGUGUUUGUUGGAAAUGUGGUCUAAAUUCUGAGCAUAGAAUCUAUGGUUUGAAGAAAUAGCAAAUUUGUAGCUAGCAGCCAGUUAGCUUAUUUUAGCAUAAUAGAUUGCAUAAAAAGGGGGAUUUAAACGAAGGUAAAAACAUCAAACGUCACUGUCUUAUUUGGGUUUGUGUGCCACACUACUUUUUGGUGGGGGAGCAGUUGCUGGGCAACCAGUGGACAUUUCAGGAAGUGGUCCCAGCCAGGAACAGUCGAGCACGUUAACCGCAAAUUGUUGCUAAAAUGCUUCCAGAGGGAAACCAGAGCUUUAGGGGUGCUGGAAGGCAGAUUAGGUUACCCUUUGGACAGAGCAGGGGCUAGCUGUUUCCAGUCUUUGUGCUACGCUAUGCUAACCAGCUGCUAACUUCAACUUCUCUGGCCUGUGCACAGUACAUCUUGAUAUAUAGCUACUAAAACAUGGGCCUUCAUUAGAGAGGGGCCUGGUGACAUUAUUAAUCCUGAAUAACAAUUUAUGAAGCAUUCAAAAAGAGAAAAUUGCAAUUUGCAACAACACGACAAAGACACCCCGGCAGACAUGAGAUAUCAGAUAUAAAUCUGUUUCUAAAUGUCACCUCCCACUCCUGACCUGAAAAAUUUCAGACAAGCCCAUGCAAGCUUUUGUGUCUUAGCCAGACACACCGGUUCUAGGUGCAGCUGUGUUUUGAAGUAUUCUAUUCAUGUAACUUGCAUGUUGGGUUGGGCAAAAUCUAGCUAAUUCUUAACCAGAAGCCAACAUUUUAUGUUAUUGUUGCCCCGUGCAGCAGCAGCGAUGAACUGGUCGGGCCUGGAGGGCUUGUUGAGCGGAGUCAAUAAAUACUCCACCGCGUUCGGGAGGAUAUGGCUGUCCAUGGUGUUUGUGUUCCGGGUCAUGGUGUUUGUGGUGGCAGCGCAGAGGGUUUGGGGUGACGAGAGCAAAGACUUUGUGUGUAACACUCGGCAGCCUGGCUGCACCAACAUCUGCUACGACCACAUCUUCCCCAUCUCCCAUAUCCGUCUGUGGGCUCUGCAGCUGAUUUUUGUCACGUGCCCGUCCCUGAUGGUGAUGGCUCACGUUAAGUUCCGCGAAGGAAAGGACAAGAAAUACGAGGAGCUGCACCACGGCUCUCACCUGUACGCCAACCCCGGCAAGAAGAGAGGGGGGCUGUGGUGGACCUAUCUGCUGAGUCUGGUCUUCAAGGCUGGAUUCGACAUCGCCUUUCUGUACAUCCUGUAUCGGAUAUACCACGGAUACGACUUGCCCAAGUUGUCCAAGUGUUCCAUAGCGCCGUGCCCCAACACCGUGGACUGCUUCAUCAGUCGCCCCACGGAGAAGAAGAUCUUCAUGAUCUUCAUGGUUGUUUCCAGCGCGCUGUGCAUCCUGAUGUGCCUCUGCGAGAUGGUUUACCUCAUCGGCAAGCGCAUCUCCAAGAUGGUGAGGGCCCGCCAGGACAACGAGAGGUUCCGCUUUGCUGAGCAGCACAAGCUCACCAACAUGGCCCCACCGAGGUCCCAGUACCGCAGGACCGAUCCGACGCUGACAGAGAGCCAGAUGAGUUUAAACAAGACGGACAAGGUCAGAGACGGUGGUAUAAGCACGACCUUGUAGGACUUGGUUGGGGGAGGGUGGGGGGCACUGAACCAUGGGGUUCUUUCUAACUGGUGGACCCUAAUAAAGUUAUUAGACCGAAAAUACUGUGUCCCAGCUGAACAUGGAACAUCAAUGGCUCUCCGUCAGAAGGAUCGCAGACACUGGCUGUAUGUUGAACACUGUGAAAGGAGAGGACUACUGGUAUCGGUGCGUUUGGAUAUCACAUUGUUUAAUCUCUGUACUAUAGGUCUCAUCAGCUCAUGGCCGACUAUACCAGGACCAACAUGCAGGAGUUGGCUUUUUAAAGCACGCGUCUGAUGUUGCGUUGGAAGGGCAUUGUUGAUUGAUUUGUUGAAUCAACGUCAGGUGUGUCCUGUUACAGCUAUGUCUCUCAGCGCUGGGGCAGUGCUAAAGAAAUGUCUGGCUUCAAGCGUUAUUCUGGUAUGAGGGGGGAAAAAUGCUCUGACUUGUUUGUAUUCUUUUAAACACAAUCACAGUAAUUUAGAGUCUUUAAGUCGUAGUGGUUUUUACACCACAUGUCUGACCGGCGUUGGGGGGCAGGGUCACACACACACUGCACGACCUUUCACCAGGAAGGAUCUCGAAUGAGGUCCCCAAAUUUAAAAGUUCACACAUGGGUGCUCGGGCGCCAAUGCUGAUCUGGGGCUUUUGUCGAACCGGAUCUGAUUGGGCCGCGCUCUGGACACCAAAACACGUUACCGAAAGCCCCACGAGAUGGAUUUUCAUGUGAUGUGAUGUGUGAUCCUGCAAUUCUUAGCUGCAGCUCAAGCUAUUGCUUGUGUCUCCGAGCUGAAAAAUAAAUGUCGGCGACAGGAAAAUCUGGGUUAAAGUCGUGUUUAAAAAAAAACAAAAACACACACUGCCGGGAAUUUGAUGAGCUGAUGCCCCACGUCAAGCGUGGAGUCUAUAAGAGGAUAUUUCUAACUAGCUUAAUUAGCUGAGCUGGCAGGGUGAAGUUACAGGACAAGGUCACCAUAUGUACCCCGGACACAACUACAGUUCAGAGCCGACUGGAGUCAAAAAAGUCAACUGGAAUGUAGUAAUGUGGUCCAAUAGUUUUUUUUUUAAGACUUGUUUUUUAUUGACAUAUAUAGGUGCUAUAUUUAAUUGCUUGUUAAAUAAAAAUGCUGAUCAA